AUGAGAUUCGCUGUCCUCGACUGCGAGGACGCCGUCAAGUGGGACGGACACGCGAUCGCCCUCUCGCGGCUACUCUCUCGCGCGGGCGAGCGAUGGGAGCACUUCAGGUGCUGGAACGACGAGCGCCCCGCGGUCGUCGACCUGCCAGCCUACGCCGGCCUCGUCGUGACCGGCAGCCACCACGGCUGCAACGACGCGCACGCGUGGAUACGCAACCUGCGCGCUUUCCUGAAACACGUCGUCGAGGAACAUCCGCGCGUGAGAAUCCUCGCGACGUGCUUCGGACAUCAGCUCCUCGCGCAAGCCCUGGGCGGCGCCGCCGGUCCCAACCCCGGCGGCGCCUUCGUGCUGCGACGCGAGUCGCUCGAGUGCGAGGACGCCAUGCUCGAGCGCGACGAUUUUCGCGUCGCGGCGGCGAUGUUCCCGCCCGCAUCCGCCGCCUCCGAGGGACUCAAACGAAUCCGCGUCAUCGAAUCCCACGGCGACUGCGUGACGUCGCUGCCGCCCGGGGCGACGCUCCUGGCGUCGUCGUCCACGGCGUUAGUGGAGGCGUUCGCGGUUGGGGAUAACGCUCUGGCGUGGCAGGGGCACCCCGAGUUGAGCGCGGGCGCCGUCGAGCGUAAGAUCCUCCCGUUCGUCGCGUCGAUGUCGGCGGAGGAGAAGGAAGAUGCCGUCGCGUCGUGGAACGCGGGUGGACGCGACGACGCGUUGCUGCUGGUGGCGAUGGCGCGGGGGUUUCUCAGGGGCGGGUCGUGCGACGGGGACGACGCGGAGAUUGUGACGCGGCACUACGAGCGCGCCGACGAGAUAUUUCGCGACAUUAUCUCCUCUCCAUCGAGCGCGUCCGCGGGAACGACCCUUGCGGACGCGGCGGAGGCGACGUUUCUCAGGGUGGCGGACGCGGUUCGCGCCGACGUGGACGCCGUGUCCGCCGAGUUUCGCCACCUGGCGGCGAUGAACCAAUCCGCGGGCGCCAGGUACGCCGCCAUCGGGCGCCGGGUGGGCGACGCGCACGUCUUCGCAGAUAAGGUUCGCAAGGUGCAGGAGACGGGCAUCGCGCCGCAGCUGGCGCGGCUGGAGACGAUCGAGGCGUCGGUGGGAAGUUUGGAGAACGUGGCGCAAGUGCUGGACGCGAGGUGCGCGGAGCUCGAGCGGCGGUUCGCGCGAGUCGUCAACGGGGAGCAAAAAUUCGGCACCCACGGCAGCGCGAACCGCAGGUGGUUCCGGAUGAGAAAAACGCGGCGACUCGCACACUCGGAGGGCGCGCGCGGGAUGUCGGGUCGCGACCGCGGCCCCGGGAGCGCGGGGCGCGGUCGAUACCGCGGCGGGGACGAGGUCGACGGCUUGGAGAGACCGCUGCUGCGCGCGACGAGGGACGAUUUGGACGACGACGACCGGGAUGAAUUCUCGCGAGGAGACUCUCGCGGCGAGGAGACGAGGGUGCGGGUCAUCGUGGACGACGUGGACGACGCCGCCGCCGACGACGACGCCGCCGCCGCCGCCGACGACGACGACGAUGCAUACGACUCGGACGACUCGCGACGAGGUCGAUCCCCUCGUCCGGACGCGUCCGCGCGUCUCGGCCUCUCCCAUCGCGAGGCCGCGCGUCGCCUUCGCCGAUUCGGCCCGAACCAGCCCCCGCCCCCUGACGACCGCAGACCGAGCCGCGUCGCCGCGUGGGCGACGUGGAGGUCCCCGGCGGCGGUCGCGACGUGGCUGGCGAUCGCGUGCGAGUGCGCGCGCGCGCUCGCGCAUUACAGGACCGACGCGAGCGACGCCGGCGCAUCGGACGCGACAGAUCCCGAUUUUCCCGAUUACGAUCCGGGGUCGACGUCGUCGUCGGGGGGCGGUUUCAGGUACGGCGCCGACAGAGAGCCGGUGUGGGCCGCGAUCCUCGCGCUCCUCGCCGUGCAGGCCCUUCACGCGUGGUGCGCGUGGGCGCGGGAGACGCGCGCGCACCUCGCGUCGUCCAAGGGAGGAAUCGGGAUGGGAGGAUUCGGAUUGGGUGGAAUCGUCGUCGCCGUCCGCGACGGGGAGCCGCGGCGGGUCUCCGCGCUCGAGGUGGUCCCGGGGGACGUGCUGAGAAUCCGCGCCGGGGACGUCGUCCCCGCGGACGCCGAAGUGCUCGUCCCCGGGGACGGGGGUGCCGACUCCGGGGACGGGGGUGCCCGUUCCGGGGAUUCGCCCGACUCCGGGACGCCGCGUGGGGGAGGGAAGCGCCGACGGCGUACCGCGUGGUCGUUCGCGUACUCGCUCGGCGGGAGGUUCGUCAAGGUCGGCGUCCGCGGCGGCGAGCGGCUCCCGGCGGGGGCGACGGCGGUCGCCGGCGAGUGCCUCUGCGUGGUCACCGCCACGGGCGCAACCGCCGCCGAAAAUUUUACCAGACGUCCCCGCUCGGGUAGGUCGAGGUCGUCGGCGGUCGCGGAGACGUCCGGCUCGCUCCUCCUGCGCGCGACGUCGGCGUUCGUCUGCGUCGCGAUGUUCGCCGUGCUUUACGCGCGGGACACGUACGAGGACGCGGCGGGACACGGAACCGACGGCGGAUUCUUUGGCGCUUUGGCGAUUGCAUCCGCUCUCUUCGCCGUCGCGACGUCGGCGGCGCACGACCACGUCGUCGACGCCCCGACGCGAUUUCUCGUGUCGUACCUCGCGAGGCGGGGGAUCGUCGUGCGAGAUGAUGGGGGUGCCGACGGGGGUGCCGACGGGGGUGCCGUCCGGAAGCUGGCGGAGACGGAUGCCGUUCUCGUCGACGAGAAAAUCGCGAGGGUCGGUCCGAACGGCGCGUCACUGCGCGCCGUUCACGUCACGCAGACGGGCGUGAGCCCCAAAGACGUCCUCGUCGCGGCGGCGCUUUCCACGCGAUGGUUGGAGCCCCCCACGAGCGCCGUGGACGCGGCGGUGCUCGGCGCCGUGGACGUCGAACCCCUCAGCGAUUCGUACGAGCAAAUCGACCACGCGACGGAGGGCGGUGACUCACCACUCGCGGAGGGCGGUGACUCAUCACUCGGCGUCGGAUGGAUCGCCACCUCGACGCUCGUUCGGAAGAGUGACGGCGGGCAGAGCGCGUUUCGAACGUGCGUGGGUUCCGUGGACGCGGUGCUGACGCGUUGUCGGAGCGGCUGGGCGGAUAAGGAUGACGCGGCGCGCAUGGUCGAGGAAUGCGCGGCGGCGGGCGUUUUGUGCGUGGCGGUGGCAGCGGACUACCGGGGCAGAUCCGACGACGAUGGGGAUGACGAUGGCGGCGACGAUGGGGAGGGAGACGGGGAGGGCGACGCGUUUUCCGACGGGUCCGAGGGGUCUGACGGGGCCGCGCCGAGGACGCCGCGGCGCGGCGGUUGGAUGCUCCUCGGCCUCCUCUCGUUCCACGACCCGCCGAGGGCGGACGCGGCGUACGCGAUCCGCGUCGCGAAAGAGCUGGGCGUGCGCGUCGUGAUCGUCUCCGGUGGCGACGCGAGGGAGGCGAGGGAGCUGUGCCGGGCGGUGGGUUUACCGACGCACGUCGCCGGCGCCGAGUGCCUCGACGUCCCGUUGGAUCUCGUCCGACGGACGACGACGACGAACCGCACCGCGAUGAACCCCCAGACCGACACGACGUCCUCGGGUACGUACUCGAUCCCACACGUGCUCGAGGCCGAGCGCGCCGGCGCCUUCGCCGCGAUGUCGCGUCUCGAUCGGGGCAAGCUCGCGACGCUCCUCCGCCGACGCGGUCGAAGGGUGUGCGCGAUGGGCGCGAGCGCAUCCGACGCCGACGCCUUCCGCGCCGCCGACGUCUCCGUCGCUUCCCGCGCCGCCUCGACGCCCACCGCGACGGUCAACGCCGCGGACGUCACGAUCGCAUCGCCGGGCCUCGCGGGAUUGCUCCACGCCAUCGUCUCGUGCAGGAGCGCCCGCGCGCAAGUUCGCGGCUUGACCGUUCACCGCGUCGCGAUCGCGUGCCAAGUUUUACUCUUUUACGCAGUCGCCGGCGCGGUAUCGAAGCCGGACGACUUUGCGCCCGGGUGGCCUCGAACCUUUCGCGUCCCCGUCGCCGCGAUGUGCGCCCUUUGCGUCGUGGACGCGGUGAUCGCGGCGGCGUUGGCGGGUGGGAACCCGUGCCGAAACGUCGCGCCCGGUCGCGAUCCCGAGCGGCGAUCGAGAGCGCCGCCGCCCGCGGAGCUCGCCGACGCGUUCGUCGCCGGGGCGGUCCACGCGUUCGCCAACCUGGCGUUCUUGGGCAUCGCGCUCCGGGGGUUCGACGGUGGGGGGAGAGACGGCGCGGGAAAGGCCGGGGGGUCGUCCGGGGGGCUCUUCGGCGGCGGCUUUGGCGGGUUAAGUGCGGGGUUUGUGUUUGGGUUUGGGUUUAGGGUCGGGUCGUACGGCGAGGUUGUCGCCGGCUCGCACCUCCGCGCGUGCCUCGGCGUCGUGACGACGGCGCUGAGCUCGCGACGCCCGCCGUCGGUUCACGUCCUCGUGGCGGUGCUGGCGUCCGUUACGUCCGUUACGUCGCUCGCGGCGAAUGGCGCGUUCGCCGUCGACGCGGCGCGGCUCGACGCGACGCAGAUUUUUUUCGUCGCGAUGUACAGCUGCGUCGUCGCGAUGGCGCAGUUUGGCGCGCGGGCGGUCACGUCGCGGGUGCUCGCCCGCGCGGGGUGGCUCCCGCCCACCGGAGGCGCGUCUCCCGACCGGCCGGACGACGCGGUGGUCGGUGGGGGUGCCACGUGGCGCGUCCGACGAUCGCGCGAGCUCACCCGAGCCGAGACGUCGCGCGUGGCCGCAUUCGCCGACUCGGUGUACCAGCCUUUGGAGGAGCACGCCGAAUCGGACCCCUCCCGGCGGCGACGCGGAGUGGGGAACGUUGCGUACGCUCGCGGCGGCGGCUCGUUCGGAACGUCGGGGAAGGAAGGGGAGUUCUCGUCGCCGCCGCGGGGGGAACGUUUGGUAGAUCGGGGAAGGAUGCUUCGGGAGAGCGUUCGGAGGGACCUCUCCGAUCGAUCGGCGGGCGGGUGGGAGCAGGACGUUCCGCCGGGGACGGCGUCCGACGCCGAGAGCGGCGGCGGCGGGAUGCCCGUGCCCGAUUACGAGUCCGAGGACGGGCGCAUGCGGCCGUGGGCGGGGCUCGACGACGACGACGACGCAGCGGCGGACGUCUAUUCCGGUUUCGACGGCUCGGCAAGCGACGGCCCCGGCUCUGCGAGCGACGACGUCGACGAUCCCGCGGCGAUCGCCGCCGCUAACGCCGGCCGCAGGCUCGCUCCCGCGCCGACUUCCGCGAGGGAAAUCGCCGCCGCCAACGCCGCGGGCGUCGUCCGCGCGACCGCGCCCGGUCAAUCGUGGGCGCCCCCGGUGAAUUCGCGAUCCGGCUCGGCGCAGGCGGCGGCGGAGGCUGCCGCGGACGCCGCCGUUCCCCGCGCGGACAGGCUCCGUCUUCACCCGGAGUACGUCGCCGCGACCGCGGACGACUACGCGCACCUCGUCAGGUCGCACGACUGGCGCCGCACCCUCGGCGCCGUCAAAGAGGAGGCGGCGCGCCGGGGUCGAUCAGAGGUGUCCGUUUUGGACGUCGGAUGCGGGGCGGGCGCGUUCACCGCCGCGCUCGCCGCGUCCGGCGCGCUCCUCCCUCGCGAACCCGCGCUUCUUCACGACGACGACGAUGACGACGACGAUGAGGCGGUACCGCCCGUUCCGUGCUCGUUCCGCGUCGACCUGUUGGACCCGAGCCCGCGAGCGCUCCGAGCGGCGGCGGCGUCGCUGGUUCCCCCGCUGGCGCUGGGCGAGCUUCGAUGCGCGUCCGUCCAGGACUUCGCCCGCGCGGCUUUGACCGGGCUAACGAACGACGACGUCAACGCCGUAGACGCGGGUUCCGUUGGUUCCUCAGGGAGGGGUACGUACGACGUGGUAUGGGCGGUGCACACGACGUCGCACGUGCCGUGUGGGAUAAACGCGGGUUAUGGGUCGUCACUCGCUUCGUUUCUCAAGUCGUUGAGGGACCUUCUCCGCCCCGGCGGCUUCGGGUUCAUCGCGGCUCCCACCAACGACUCGCACUACGCCAGGUUCCACGCGCUGUACAGGCGCGAGUUCGGCCCCGGGAGCGGCUUCGACGCGGCUCGGAUCGGCGAUCCGAGCAGGCCGGCCAAACCCGGUUUCAACGGCGGGGACCCAAUUGGGGGCCGAGGCGCGAAUACUACGAGUUUCGGCGGUGACCAGUACACGGCGGCGGAGCACGUCGCCGCCGCGCUCGCCGCGCGAGGGGUGGCGUUCAACCGCGUGGACGUGUCGCACGUGACGCGUGUGAACGCGGGGGACGGCGCGAGACUCGAGGCGUACCUUCGGGGUUGCGCCGGCGACGACGCGGUGAGUCUGGACACGAUGCUCGCGAAUCCGAGAAUCGGCGCCUACCUCGCGAGUUGCCGAUCCGCGGAUGGGAGCCACUACGCGUUUCCCCAGAAGACGGCGCACAUAACGCUGUGA